AUGUCGUUUUCGGUUGCUCUCUGCAACUCGCCGGCGAUUUUCGGAGUCUACGAUGGUCACGGAGGAUCAAGAGCGGCUGAGUUUGCAGCUAAGAACUUGUGUAAUAACAUUCUAGGAGAGAUAGAUGGUGAGAGGAACGAGUCAAAGAUUGAAGAAGCUGUACAACGCGGUUAUCUAGCCACUGAUUCUGAGUUUCUCAAAGACAAAGAUGUUAAGGGUGGCUCGUGCUGCGUCACGGCUCUGAUCAACGACGGGAAUCUUGUGGUGUCCAAUGCCGGUGACUGCCGUGCUGUUUUGAGCGUUGGAGGAUUAGCAGAGGCCUUAACUUCUGACCACCGCCCUUCGAGAGACGAUGAACGGAACAGAAUUGAAAGCUCUAAUAUGGAGAAGCCAUUGGUCUUCAAUCCGGAGGGCGGUUAUGUUGAUACAUUUCACAGUGUUUGGAGAAUUCAAGGAUCUUUAGCUGUAUCUAGAGGAAUCGGAGAUGCUCAUCUCAAGAAAUGGGUAAUAUCUGAACCAGAGACAAAGAUUCUACGAAUUAAUCCCAAACAUGAGUUCUUGAUCUUAGCAUCAGACGGUCUAUGGGACAAGGUUAGUAACCAGGAGGCAGUAAACAUAGCUAGACCGUUCUGCGUAGGAAACGAUCAGAAGCAGAAUCCAUUGUUAGCAUGUAAGAAACUCGUUGACCUCUCUGUUUCACGAGGCUCCUUGGACGAUAUCAGUGUGAUGUUGAUUCCGUUGUGCCGCUUCAUCUGA